AUGAAUUCAACUAAAAAUCUUGAGAUAGAAGUGUGUUUGAGAUCUUGGGUGACACUUCUUCCUUUUUAUAACUUUAAUACUAGAGCGUAUGAAGAAAAUGCAACAGGUGUUGACUUCGCUAAAAUUAUCCAACAAUUAAACAUAUCCUUAACAUUCUACCUUGAAAAAGCAAUUGACGUACAAUUAAAUAUCAAUCUCAAUAUCAGACCUACAAAGAUCAAUGGAAAAACAUUUCAAAGGUAUUUUAAUAUGGAUUUCCUUAAAGAAAAGGAAAUAAGUUCCGAAAAAGGAGCUUGUCUCUUAUUGUAUACAUUGGAUAAAAAUAGUCAGUUCGACUCGUUUCAAAAUAGGAUAAUAGCUGAAGGAUGUUUUAAAGAGAUAAGCAUAGGUAGCAAUAUACAAGCAAAAUCCUACGACAGACAUAUGGGGAAAGAUUAUUCAAGUAGUAUCAAAGAUAUACUCUUCAAAGGGCCUCAUACUGAUACCAAAGAAAAAGUGUAUUUCCUGGUGCCGCCGUUUCUCCACCAGCAAAAAUCAAGCAUGAAUUUUAAACUGCUAAAGCCCCAAAGUACUGAAACCAAAGGGGACAGAAAUGGCGUAGGAAAGGAGUGCUCUUUCGUUGACAAGAUAAAUUCUGUAAGUCAAACAUGCUUGCUAACCGAUUCAGUGAAUACCACUUAUCUAUUCUACCUGUGUCCAGGGGAGCAAGUAAAUGAGUUAGAAAAUAAACAGUUGAAUAGUGUUUGGGAUAUAAUCAACCUUUAUAAUGAUUAUAUCGAAGACAAAGAAAUCAUUGACAUUGAAUGCCAAUUUAGAAAUACAUGUUUCGAGAAAAAAGGCACUGGAAGACAUAAUACAAGAAAGAUCUAUGAAGAUCUGAGUUUAAAUGAAGAAGAGGAGACUGAACAAACGAAUAACAUGUCCUUUAAUUACUCUAAAAUAUUCCAACCCAAAUUGGCAAAUGCUUUGUUAGAAUUAAAUAAAUCUAUUCCAAUGGAUACUAUUUCAAUGAGAGCUUCAGAGUUUGUAACAAUUACUCCCUUGCCUGACAAAAAUCUAAUAGGCUCAUGGGAGAAAUUGAAGAUGAAGGGUAACUUGAAGCAAAGUAUUUAUUCCAAUAUUCAAGUACUGUUGACCCUAUCAAAUAUGUUCGAACACGAGAACUAUUUUGCUGGCGAACUCUUAACAGCUCUGGACAAACUUAUCUUGUUACAUGGACCACCCGGGACGGGCAAGUCUUCAUUAGCUAGAGCCUUAUUUCAAAAAUUUUCGGUUAAAGCUAUCAGUUCAAUGAUGGAGCCAAUCAACCUACCACCUAUACUUUUAUUGGAAUUAGCACCCGAUAGGAUAUAUUCUCGUUAUUAUGGCGAGUCUCCGAAGAAGCUAUCCAUGUUGUUUUCUACCAUCGAAGCCACUUUGAAGAAAGAAAUGCAUGGCGGAUUUAUGUUUAUGAUAAUUGACGAAAUUGAAUCCCUUGCUACCGAACGGUCCAUACUUUUAGCCAAUAACGAAACAACAGAUGGUGUACGCAUGGUCAAUAUUCUACUCACCCAUUUGGAUAAAUUAAGACAAUACAAGAAUUUCUUCAUGAUAGGAACAUCUAAUCUCAUAGAAUCAGUGGACAGAUCAUUCAAGGAUCGAGCAAAUGCAUUAUACGAACUCCCUUUGCCUAACGAAGAAACCAUCUACAGCAUACUCGAACAACAGAUCAUUCAUUUCCUAGACCUAGGUAUUCUCUAUCAAAACAGCGGACCCAAUUCAAUAUCAUGUACAAAAACCACUUUGUCCCGCUCAUCGCUAUCCCAGUAUUCCUCCAGGUUGUUGUACCAGAUUACAGCCUACUGCUCAGUAAGUAUACCAUUUUGCAUCCAUGAGAAGUGCACAAAACUAACCAAUGAUCAUUUCUAG